UAGUUUUGAAAGCGAUAGAUCAGUGAAACUGAUUAUAUAGAAGCUAAAUCAAUCUGAGGUCACACUUGAAGCUACACUUGGAAUAUUAUCAUUGAAUGACGAAUGGCUUAAUUAGCUGCCGCAUUUGUGGAAUUUCUACUGGCAAGAAUAAUCAAGUACAAGUUUAAACCAACAGAACAUAACAUAACGAGUGCAGAGUGGAAAACAGAGUGGUAAAAUGAGUUCAUCGCCUCUACUGCCAAUCAUCAACCCAGACAAGUGUGGAGAUGAAGCGGAACAGAAGAUUGAGAGGAAGCCCCGAUCUCUCACUAUGCUAUGGCUGGAUCAUCCAAUCUUUCUGUUUGGAGAUGUUGUCAAGGGGUUUGGGAGAGGGAGCAAACAACUGGGCAUCCCAACUGCCAACUUUGCAGAGUCCGUUAUCAAAUCACUUCCCAAGAACUUCAAAACAGGUAUCUACUUUGGACUGGCACAAGUGCCCUCGUACAGCCAAGAGGUGUUCAACAUGGUGAUGUCGUGCGGGUGGAACCCGUUCUAUCAGAACGAGAAGCUCUCGGCCGAGACCCACAUCAUCCACGACUUCCCCAACGAGUUCUACGGUGUGGAACUGCGAGUGCUAAUCGCCGGCUACAUCAGACCCGAGUGGAACUUCACCCACGUCAAACAUCUCAUCAAGGCCAUCAAGGACGACAUCGCAUUUGCGGAGAAGACGAUCUGCACCAAAGACAUGGCCAAAUGGAAGCGCAUGUUUUUCGAGUCCUAAACAAAGCAGCUCAAUGUCUAGAAGGGCAACAAGUUUGUUUUUUCUUUUCUAGUCCCUGGUCUUAACUUGAAAGCUUUAUCUUUUUUCUUCUAUAUUCUCAAUAAAAAACAAAUCAUUAUCAAUUUCAUUUCCCUUCUCCCUCUUUUUCUCAUCAAAAUUAAGACUAUUUCAAAAUGAAGACUAUUUCAUUCAAUUUGCUCCAAAACAGCUCUGAUGAUUACGGUAUUGGCAUUGAUUAGCAGCCAAUGAUGCAAUGGGUUCAUUAAUCAAGGCUCAGUGUAUUUUACUUGCCAUAUGCUUAAGGGAGGUGAUGGGGGUGGGGUAUUGAAAGACCAGUGGUAGAAAGAGGAAGGAAGAUGCUACUAGUCUUCUUAAUUGCGAACUAAACUGUUUCAUUCAACCUACUGCUGCCGACAUAAUCUAACAGAUCACUCUUUAUAUGAUACCUCUUUUAAUCCAGGAUGCAGCUGUGAUUCAAAAGUUUCGCUUCUAAGCUGAAAACUGAAUAACUAUAAAUCACACUGUGAAUUAUUGAAUUUGAUGUUUUAGAGUAGAUCUUAGGCGCAAACAAUUUUCUUAAUUCGAUGCCUACAAUUUUGUCACAACUGAAGUCAUGGCUUAUUCUUUUCAUAUCUUUGGUUCAUUUCUUUUCAAAAUGAAGUUGUAAAUUUGUCAUGGCGCUUAUACGUCCCUAAAUUGUAUUAAAAACUGCAGACUAAUCCCUUACACGAAACAUGAACGGUCUUUUUCCAAACUGGUUUUAGUCUUAUUCUCUCAUUUGAUUGAAAAAAAAACUCUUGUAAAAAAACAAAUGUUCUAUCGAAGGAUAUUUGGCAUGUAUGUAAUUAUAUGGAUUAUGAGUUUUCUGAUAUUUUUGUGACUAUUCUUACUAUUUUAAUUAAAUUUUUAAAUUAAUUUGAGUUAUCGAUACUAGUUGCUUUAAUCUGAACAGUUUUCCACCUCGUUUUCGAAUUUGAAUUGUUCGCUUUUUGUGAAAACUGUUUCAUUAAUAAUUUAUGUCGGUUGAGUGUUCAAUUUGAGACUGCCAACGAAUCUUCAUCGGCGCUUUACGUAUAUCUUUUUCUGAGUUUUCUAAUGUAAAAAUCAGUUAAUGCUGAGCCCGAAAUCAAGUCUGUACCAUAAAAUAGUGUAGCAUAUUAUUUGAAAAAAAUAGUAUCUGGGUUUCUAUUUUCAUGACAGCUUUCUUUUUACCCAAUUUAACUCUAUAAUUUUA